AACAGAGCCAAAUAAAGACCCCGGCAAGACAAGGCCGGGGGGCUUCAUGUCCAGAUGUCCCGCAUUUGACGUCUGCCAGGUAUAGGAGUGAACUGAAGAACUUAAGCCAAGGGUAGGUUAAUAGGUCGAAGUCGAACGAAUGGAAAGAAAGCCGCAAAACCGCCAACCUUCCUGGACGGCGGGACUGCCCUCCCCACACCACCAACCAAUCACAACCUGCAAGAGCGGGCCUGGCUGCGAGGACCCGACCCCAGAGGGCACAACCCGGAGCGUUCUGCCCGCGCAGCGGGGGCGGCGACCGCGGUUCCGGGGACGACGCGACGACGCGCCGCCCGACCGGUAGGAGUCGCCCUCGGCGAGCGGGCUCGAAGGCCACGACGUGUGCCGCGCCUCCGCCUCACGCUGCCACUGACCGCUCGACCCGCAGACAUGGUGGAAGCGGAUCGCCCGGGGAAGCUUUUCAUCGGCGGGCUCAACCCCGAAACCGACGAGAAAGCCCUCGAGACCGCGUUUGGCAAGUAUGGCCGCAUCACCGAGGUGCUCCUGAUGAAGGAUCGAGAAACCAGCAAGUCCAGGGGCUUCGCGUUCGUCACCUUCGAAAACCCGGCAGACGCCAAGGCCGCCGCCAGAGACAUGAACGGCAAGUCCCUGGAUGGUAAGGCCAUCAAGGUGGCGCAGGCCACCAAGCCGGCGUUCGAGAGCGGCCGGCGGGGCCUGCUGCCCGCCCGCAGCCGCGGCCGCCCGAGGGGCCUGCGCGGGGCCCGCGGCGGCGGCCCGCGGCGACCCCCAUCCCGGGGUGGGCCCGGGGACGACGUCAGCUACGCGGGCGAUUUCGACCUGCGGCCCUCCAGGGCCCCGAUGCCCAUGAAGCGCGGGCCUCCGCCACCGCCCCGCAGGGCCGGCCCGCCCCCGAAGAGAGCCGCGCCGUCGGGCCCGGCUCGCAGCGGCGGCGGCGGAAUGCGCGGGCGGGCCCCGGCCGCGCGGGGGCGAGACGGCUACGCAGGCCCGCCGCGCCGGGAGCCGCCGCCCCCGCGCCGGGACCCCUACCUGGGCCCCCGGGAGGAGGGUUACUCGCCCCGAGACGGCUACUCGAGCCGCGACUACCCGAGCGCCCGCGACCCCCGGGAUUUCGCCCCCUCGCCGCGAGAGUACACCUACCGCGACUACGGCCACUCCAGCGCCCGGGACGACUGUCCAUCGAGAGGCUACGGCGACCGAGACGGCUACGGGGGCCGCGACCGCGACUACGCCGACCAUCCUAGCGGAGGCUCCUACCGAGACACCUUCGAGAGCUACGGGGACCCGCGCAGCGCCGCCCCCGCGCGGGGGCCCCCGCCAUCCUACGGCGGCGGCGGCCGCUACGACGAGUACCGCGGCUGCUCCCCCGACGCCUACGGCGGAGGCCGCGACGGUUACGCCGGUGGCCGGAGCGAGCGCUACUCGAGGGGCCGCGACCGGGUAGGCCGAGCGGAUCGCGGGCUCCCGCCGUCCAUGGAGAGGGGCUGCCCUCCCCCGCGCGAUUCCUACAGCCGUUCGGGCCGCAGGGUCCCCCGAGGCGGAGGCCGCCUGGGAAGCCGCUCGGAGAGAGGGGGAGGCCGGAGCCGAUACUGAGCCCGAACAGACCUGGGGCCGAAAUCCUUUCUCAGAAGCGCCCGAAAAGAAGAGCCGGUUCUGUGGUAACUACCAGAGGACUAGUACAAGGAAGAGUUGUUUUUACCUUUUAAGAAUGUCCUGUUAACUUCCUCUCCACAAUUUUUUGUGCUUUUGCGAGGAAAAAGUUAAAACUCGUUUCAUUUCGUUUUGGAAUUGUUAACGUUUCUUUCAACAAGCUCAUUUAAAAGCAUACGACUUGAA